CUCCCAUCAUGUUACUGCUAUGGCUUGCUGCAAGGCUUCUCAGACUAUUCCGGUAUCGGGUGAUUACAGCCAACUGGAGUAAGAGGGUUUCUUCGUUGUAAGGGUCAACGGUUUACUAAUGCGAAAUUAUGGAUAUACGACAAGGAAAAUAUAAAAGAUGCAAUGAUGGCUGGACCCAUAGAACCGGACCGGAAAAGCUUUGUAUACACAAUCGAUGGCACAACCAGAGAAAUAAGCUCAAUAGAACCAUACCUCUAUAUUGAGCAUUGGUGCAAUCGAAAAAAGAUUUAUGGAAUACUGGCACCUCGACAUGGAGCACUCCAGAAAGCUGACGGAAGAAAGAAGUUGCUAAAUUGCACGAAAUGAAUAAAGA